AUGCCAGCUGGGGAUGGUAGAUGCAUCGUGGAUAAGCCAAGAAGAAACUGGUGCCCAUACUGCAGAUUACAAAGAUGCUUCUCUGUAGAAAUGAACGUAGCAGCUGUACAAGAAGAACGCGGGCCUAGGAAACCCAAAUUAAAACCGAAACCAACCGGAAUGUUUAUUAGAAGGCCUACUCAACUAGAAACAUUGCCAUAUUUUACAUUUAGCUCUUCUUUAUCUAUCGAAGAAACCCUAAAGCAUGAAAUGGCAGCUCAGAUACUUUUGGUAACUAUUAAACAAGCAAGGUGUGGCGUAGGGUUUGGUUUGUUGGCCAGAGAUUCGCAGAAUAUUAUAUUAAGCCGGCUGUGGGCUCCCUUAUUUAUAUUAAGAUUAAGUUAUUGGCCAAUGGAUACUUCUAAUAUUUUACCAAAAUUUACAAAAACCAUAAUGAAAAUAAGGGAGCUAAGAUUAGAUGGGACCGAGUUAGAAUUACUAGAAAAUUUGUUGCUUUGUAGAAGUGAUUUUUUGGAAGGAAAAAAUCAAGUUUGUUUGGCUAAUUGCAUGCUAGAUAAAUCCUUGGAUGGUUUGUUUUUUAAAACAUCUCUGGAUAGCAAAAGAUUUGCUAAUAUUUUAUUAAUUUUGCCUUACUUAUUUACUUCGAAUGCUGAGGAUUUGUAUUUGUUACUUUUUAAGCCUGUUAUCGGUUCAGUGUCUAUGGAAACUGUAAUAUCAACUAUAUAA